UGCUGCGAUCAGUGAGUGCUAUAAAAAGCCAAGCGCGUCUUGAAAAAGCUUCAGUUCGUUUGGUUUUCGGUUGGUUUAGAUUUGGUCCCGGGUAAGAAGUGAUUUGUGUGAGAAAAUAGUGAGAAGUGCGGAACGGAAGUGAAGGCAACAGCUAAACCUAGAAAAGGGUUUAUGAUGCAGCAAAUGACCUUAUGAAUACUUAAUCCAAAGCAUUUUGAAUUUUUCGCGAUUCAAAAAAAAAAAAAAUAAAUAAAAAAUAAAAAUAAAGAUAAAUAGCAAAACAAAAAAUGAGAUUCAAGCCUUUACAUCUCCUAUGCUUCGCAUGCGUUCUGUGCGUUUUGCUUGAGUGUGCUUGGGCGGAGAACUCUGCUGGAGCGCAUGUAGGAAAGCGAAAAACACGUACUAAAAAAGUGAAAAAAUACCGUAAAGCAUUUAAUGAGCGACCGCAAGCAGAGGAGCCGCAACCGGAAGCCGAUUUACCGGGCACAGAUGAGUUCGAAGCAUACGAUUACAACAACUACGAAGAUGUGGACGUGGAUGCCGACGUGAAUGUAGGCGGCACUAACGGUUUCGAUACCCACCAGGAAGCAAGCAACCCGUCGAAUGUGCCAAAUGUUGAAACCCCCGCCAACGUUGUGGGUGCUUUUUCAUGUCUGUAUGAGGGUAAUUGGUAUCGCGAUGGUGAUGAAUUUACCAGCGAGCGCAAUGGCUGCACAAAUUCUUGUUCUUGCACUGAAGGCAAGGUGAUCUGUCGCGAGACUGAAAAUUGCAUGCACAUCCCACCAGCAACUUCCACCACAACAACUACCACGACGACAGAGCCUAAUCUCCCAGAUACCGCUGAAGACAAUCCCUAUGCUGGCGUUUCCACUGGCCCACGCGGCUUACCUGGUUAUCCGGGUGCACAAGGUCGUCCGGGAGAGGGUGGUAUACCUGGUACGCCUGGUAAUCCAGGUGUGCCUGGAAAUCCUGGCGUGCCUGGCCCGAUACCGGAUAUGAGUUAUUAUCACCAACAGUUGGCCGCUGAGUAUGCAAAUUCGGAUAAGGGUCCCAGUUCGUUACCAUUCGUUCCGGAGUUUCAGUAUCUGCAAUCAUCUGUGGGAGCUGUCGGUCCACGUGGUGCACCUGGUAGCUCAGGUCCUGUUGGCCCUCAAGGUUUUCAAGGCAUGCGUGGUGAACCUGGCGAGCCUGGACCACAAGGUCCACCUGGUUUGAUGGGACCACGCGGCUUACCUGGUCCACCAGGUAAAGAUGGUUCUCCUGGUGAGGAUGGUGAACCUGGAUUGCAAGGUGCUGCAGGUAUACCAGGGCCACGAGGCUUACCCGGUAUGCCAGGUAUUCCCGGUUUGAAGGGGCAUCAUGGCUUGCCUGGUAUUGAUGGCGCAAAAGGUGAGCUAGGUGCUCCUGGUGAGAAAGGUGGCACUGGCCCAAUGGGUGCUGUUGGCCCUACAGGCCCACAGGGCCCUGCUGGUCCUCGUGGGGAGCGUGGGCGUGAAGGGCCACCGGGUCCACAGGGCGCCAGAGGGUUAGAUGGUAAUCCGGGUGCUGCAGGGCAACCUGGUUCUAUUGGCAAGCCUGGUCCACCAGGUUUCCCUGGUAGUCCCGGUGCCAAAGGCGAUUGGGGACAUCCAGGACCAAAAGGUGAUCAAGGAUUGCAGGGUCCACGCGGUGAGGCUGGACGUCCAGGCGCUGCCGGUGAGCCUGGCAUGUCAGGACCGCCUGGUAAAGAUGGUUUACAUGGUGACAAAGGUUCGAUGGGUGCACCUGGUAUUGCAGGACCGCAAGGUUUUCCUGGACCCCGUGGUCCGGAUGGCAUACCUGGCAGUCCAGGAGAACCUGGUAUAAAAGGCACACCAGGGCAACCUGGCGAACGUGGUUAUAAAGGCGAUCAAGGUAUUAAAGGAGAAUCUGGUCAAUCAGGUCCGCGUGGCUUACCAGGUACGGUAGGGCCGGAAGGAAAACGUGGUAAACGCGGUAUGCGAGGACCUACCGGACCUUCAGGCCCAACUGGCGAAAGAGGACCGCAAGGAUUGCCUGGAAUUUCUGGUCCAGAUGGUCCUAUUGGUCCAAAAGGUACUCCCGGCGACCGCGGCAUACAAGGACCACACGGCAUAAAGGGAAGUCCAGGCGAUGUUGGACAACCCGGUAUACCAGGAGUUCAAGGUUUGCGUGGUUUGCCAGGACGUAUAGGACCUCCAGGAAAACCUGGACCUGUGGGUGAGAGGGGAAUUCCUGGCGCCGAUGGAAGGCCCGGUGAACAAGGUCUGCAAGGCUUGCAGGGGCUACCUGGACCAAUGGGCAUUCCUGGCGAUAAAGGUUUCACCGGAGAACCUGGUAAAAAUGGUGAGCCAGGUCCACCGGGUCCGCAAGGGCCCCAUGGAGAUAGCGGCAAAGAUGGUUUGCCUGGCGCACAAGGUCCUCGUGGUCCUCCUGGUCAAGAUGGUGAGCGUGGAGAGCCAGGCACUGCUGGCCCCAGAGGUUUCCAAGGUCUACCUGGCGUCGCUGGUAAUCCAGGCGCUCCAGGAAAAGAUGGAUCUGCCGGACCACCUGGCCCACAAGGUCUUGUUGGCCCUUCUGGAUUACGUGGUGAACGUGGUUACCCUGGUGAAAGAGGUCCAGUAGGUCAGCCUGGAACACCUGGAGAGCGUGGAGAACCUGGUGCGCCAGGGCAUGACGGACCACAAGGUUUACCUGGAAAACUAGGAUCUAAAGGACAUAUGGGAGCGCCAGGAAUGUUGGGAUUGCCUGGUCCGAGAGGACUUUCUGGGUUGCCAGGAGAAAAAGGUGAGCGUGGUAGCAUAGGACCAUUUGGUCCGGAAGGUCCACCAGGCCGUCCAGGCGAUCGUGGCCCACAAGGAAUGGUAGGACCACCUGGAGCACCCGGUGAAUCAGGAGAAAGGGGUGAGCCUGGAAGCCCUGGGCAACCAGGUGAGCAAGGAGCAGCAGGUGGUCCUGGUGAAAGAGGACCAAUUGGUUUGCAGGGCCCACCAGGUUAUCCUGGAGCCCCAGGCUUGGCAGGAUUACCCGGAGCAAAAGGCGAUCGUGGUUUAAUGGGUAUCAAAGGCGAACAAGGCAUGCUAGGACCUCAUGGUCCCCCCGGAGAGCAGGGUCUGCAAGGUCCCGUGGGCUUAAGUGGUUUGAAAGGUGCUCGAGGUGAACCAGGACUCAGGGGAGAACCAGGAUUAAGCGGAUUGCCUGGCAGACCCGGUGAUCAGGGUCAACCUGGACAACCCGGAAGCCAAGGGUUACCUGGUGUGGCUGGAUUUCCAGGAGCUAAGGGAAAUCCUGGGGAACCCGGUAGACCAGGAAAUCCUGGAUCUCAAGGUUUGCAAGGUGCAACUGGUUUGGAGGGACAAAAAGGUGAAACAGGCAAUGAUGGACCUCCUGGGCCAGCGGGUAAUCCAGGACCACCCGGUAAUGUUGGUGAACGCGGAAUGCCAGGCUUGUCUGGUCCACCAGGCGCGGCAGGUUUGCGUGGCUUAAGAGGAGUUCCAGGUGAAGCAGGUCCACAAGGUAGACCCGGAAAGGAUGGUGCACCGGGAGCGCAAGGCCUGCAAGGACCACAAGGCCUACCGGGUCCAAUGGGUGAGUCUGGACCUGAAGGACCAGCUGGUAAAGCUGGACCUCCUGGAAUUGCUGGUCGUGUUGGUGAUAAAGGACCUCAGGGACAAGUAGGAAAUCCUGGACCACCGGGAAAUCCUGGUCUGCCCGGUCCACCUGGUGCCAUGGGGCCGGUAGGUUUACAAGGUGAGCGUGGACCAAAGGGCGAUCUUGGUUUACCAGGUGUUGAAGGACCACAAGGCCUGCGUGGCAAAUCUGGCCCACCAGGUGUUGAAGGACCAAAGGGUGAACAUGGUGAGCCUGGUCCUAAAGGUAUCAAGGGUCAUCGCGGUCUUAUCGGUUUACAGGGUAUGCCCGGCCAAGCAGGUCUUAAAGGUGACUCAGGUCCACCAGGCAUACCCGGUCAGCCGGGAAAGUCAGGAGAGAUGGGAAUGCGUGGUCCACAAGGCCGCGAUGGCAACCCUGGGCCUAUGGGCCCGCCAGGUCAACCUGGUCCACGUGGCUUAAGCGGCGGUGAGGGUAAACCUGGACCCAUAGGACCCGCCGGUCCCCCAGGACCACCAGGCUCACCUGGAGAAUCGGUCGGAUACGAUGUAGCUGCACUUACUGCUUUACUCAAUCAAGGCCAAACAAAAGGCAUCGAUUUUCAAAGUGACCAACCGAAUCUCCUACCAGAAGGACUUUCCGAUGACGAAAAGGAAGCGAUGGUAAUCAAGGCGUUCGAACACUUGAAGGCAUCUUUUGAGAGAUUGCGAAGACCCAACGGUCAGCAAUCGGCACCAGCCAAAACGUGUCGUGAUCUUUUCGCGGCCUAUCCUGACUACAAAUCUGGCGAAUACUGGAUCGAUCCAAAUGAAGCUGAUCCACGUGACGCUAUCUUGGUGUAUUGUGAGCGUGAGACGCGCGGUUCGUGCAUACUACCGAAGCCACAAGAAACGCCAGUGUUAAGCUACAAAGGCGCUGAGAGGGAAACGUGGCUGAGUGAAAUGCCUGGAGGUAUGAAAAUCACCUACAAAACCGAUUCGCAUCAGUUGGGCUUCCUGCAAUUGCUUUCCGCUAAGGCCUCACAAAGAAUCACUUUCAAUUGUCGAAAUACAAUUGGCUAUUUGGAUGAAGACAAAACGAACGAUCGAAAUGGCCUAAAGCUGUUGUCAUGGAAUGAUGCAGAAUUAACGCCAAAGGGACCGCUGCGUCUGCGCUUUGAAGCAGAAAGCGAUGAAUGCAGGCAUCGCUCGAAUUCUUGGGCCAAAACGGUGAUCACAUAUAAAACUGAGAAGCCACAGAGGCUGCCAAUUGUUGAUGUUAAAAUCAGAGAUGUUGGCGAGGCUAAUCAACAGUUCCGCAUCGAAUUGGGUCCAGUAUGUUUUUAUAAUUGAUAGGAAUACACAACUCUCUCGCUCUCUUAGGUAUAAGAUAUAUAUACUAUACUUUACUUGAUUUAUUCUUUUGAUAUUUUGUUUUGACUAUAGCAAAGGGCUCUCAAAACGCAUUGUAACUUAAUUUAAUGCUUUUUAAUUUUACUUCUUGAACGUCUGAAUGCUCAUAAAUUUCGAUGUAACUCUAUACUGUUGGCAUAUUUUUAAGGACAAUAAAUGCACUU